UUGGUGAACGAUGAAGAAUCUCAAAAUAUGUGAUCAAUAUGCUCUUGUUCCUCAAUAUCCAUAUCCUCUGUUUUCUGAUUCUUCCUCCAUGGAUCGCCGGCGGCAGCUCACCAGAUCACUAUUACACCCCACAAGAUGCAAUUGCCCUCAACUGCGGCUCUUCCAGCAACUCCACCGCAGAAGAUGGCCGGACAUGGAUCGGGGAACUCGAUUCUCCAAUCAUCGGUUUUCAAGGAUCGAGUAUUGAUUCGGUUAGUUCUGUCACAAUUGACCGUUCCCUUUCUCUUGAGUCAACUCCUUACAGAAGCGCUAGAAUAUCUCAGACAACGUUCAGAUACAUCUUCUUUGUUGAACCGGGUCAAAAGUUGAUCAGACUUCAUUUCCUUCCAGCUUCGUACGAAGAAGAAGGGUUCGAGAAGUCCAAGGCAUUGUUCAGUGUGAGAUCAGGUUCGUACACACUCCUAGACAACUUUAGUCCUUCCUUUACUGCUGAUUUCCUAGGCAUAAAAACAGUGAUCAAAGAGUUUUGCCUCAAUGUGCGAGACAAUCAGCCAUUAACCAUAAGUUUCAUACCUGUAAGAAGUAGCUAUUCGGAUAAAGUCUAUGCUUUUGUGAACGGCAUCGAGGUUGUUCACAUGCCAGACUGGCUUUAUUACACUAGGACGGAGCUGGGAGACGCGGCUGCUUGGCCAUUGAUUGUUGGGCGGGAUGAUCGGCUUCCCAUUGGCUUGACCACUGCCAUGGAGAUGGUUUAUCGGCUAAAUGUUGGCGGCUGGUCUGUAUCGCCUGCACAUGACACCGGUGGUUUGUUCCGAGAGUGGUCUGCAGAUUUCAAGUACCUCUUACAAUCCAACAACAUUGUCAUGAUAAAAACACAGAUGAUCAACAAUAUUACAUCCCCAAAUACUGCUCCGCCAAUAGUAUACCAGACUUGGUGGUCAAGGAAGAAACAUGACGACCAAGAAGAAUUCCCUUUCGCAUGGAAAUUACCUGUUGAUGUGGGGUUUAAUUAUCUGAUUAGGCUGCAUUUCGGUGAGCUUGAUGAUGUUGAGGGGAAAGAAUUAGAAACAGAAAGAGAGUUUAUUAAUAUCCUGACACAAGAGGAUGAUCAACUGUCUUGGAAGCUUAUCAAGUUGUGGGAAUGGGAUGGACAAGAAGCUGCUAUCAUGUAUAAAGACUUUAUAAUAGUCAUGGCCGGAAGAAUGGACGAGAACAAACAUCAUGAUCUCCUUAUAGCUUCAUCGGGUCAAUCAUCACGAUAUCACAACCUAGAGAUGGACAACGGAUACGUUGAUACAGUUCUGAAGGGUUUAGAGGUAUUCAAGCUCAGCAACACCUACAAUAGUCUUGCCGCCCCCCAAGUAUAUCCCGCCUUCCCCCCUACACAGACCCUUAAAAUUACUCGCAUUAAACCUAUGUUUUCUCCAACAAGUAGGAGGAAUAAGAUUGCAACUUGUGCAACCUUUUUUUUCAUUUUGUUGAAUGUCAUUGUUUACCACCUGCGUGUCUGGGUAGAAAACAACCGUAAUUCACUACCAGGGGCCUGCCGCCGUUUCUCAUUCCGUGAGAUCCAAUUUGCAACUAACAAUUUUGAUAAGGCCUUGUUGAUUGGUAAGGGUGGGUUUGGUAAAGUAUACAGAGGAGUUGUUGAUAAAGAAACAAAUGUUGCUAUAAAGCGUUAUAGUUCCCAAUCAAAACAGGGGUUGGAAGAGUUUAUGGCAGAGAUUGAGGUGCUAUCAAUGGUUCAACAUACAAACAUUAUUAGUUUGAUUGGAUACUGCAAUGAAGGCCAAGAAAUGAUACUAGUUUACGACUACAUUGCCAAGGGGACUCUAGCAGAUUACCUCUACAAUAAGAAAGGUGGUAAUAUUAAUAGUGAUGAUGGCAACGGCUUUCCUGUCCUAUCUUGGGAACAGAGGCUUAGAAUUUGCUUGGGUGUUGCACGUGCAUUGAAUUACCUUCAUAGUGGCAUUGAAAAGGUUUUUAUAUUUAGGGAUGUGAAGAGUAGCAAUAUUUUAUUCGAUGGGGAAGAGGACUCUGUAGCUAAACUUACAGACUUUGGACUAUGCAAAAUUGUAGAUCGCUAUGAUACUACGGACUCCUCCGGAAUUAGCACAGAUGUGAAAGGCACAUUGGGCUACUUGGAUCCUGAAUAUUACAUGACCAGGAAGCUGACCAAGGAAUCAGAUGUUUAUGCUUUGGGUGUUGUGCUCUGGGAAGCACUCUCUGGGAGGCCGGCUAUAAAUCAUUUAGAAGAUCAUCAUCAUUCCCUAACACUGUGGGCUAGUGAUCUCUUUAAGGAAGGAAGAGUGGUUGAUUUGAUAGAUCCUAGUUUGAAAGGGAAAAUAUCAACCGACUCUAUCAGACUGUAUACUGACAUAGCAUAUAGAUGUAUAGACCACCGUCCUGUUAGACGACCCCCAAUGGGUGAAGUCGUGGCUCAUCUUCAGUGUCUCCUUACUCCUCUAGCUUAUUUGGAAGAAAAAGAAGAGAAGGAGGUGAUUAAUCAGAAUGGAGCAGGGAAUGAGAGAAUUAAAGAUGAAGAAGCAACCUCCAACUCUUACUUCUCCAUACCUUCACUCGAAAUUCCAAGAAUACAGAUUGAGAAGCAUACAAAUUUAGGUAUUUUGUUCUUGAAGAGUUUCCAAUGCGUGGCUAAUAGUUUUGGCUUCAUCACACAUAAUACAAAUAAUGGAAGGCUAGAACAUGAUUCGCUUCUUGAGCCAGACAUUCAGCGAUUGCGUCGCUUUUCUCUGCAAGCAAUUAUUGAUACCACCAACAAAUUCAGUGAUCAGAUUGGAAGAGGUGGAUAUAGCAAGGUGUACAAAGGACAGACCACUGAUGGCACUCCUGUCGCAGUCAAGGUAUUAGCAUCCCUAGAAUCCAAGGCAAUCGGACCUGAGAUCAAGAUCUUGUCUCAGAUCCAUCACCCCCAUAUUAUAUCAUUGCUGGGAUACUGCAGAGUAGAAAGCAUGCAGGGUCUCGUUUUAGAGUACAUGGCUAAUGGGUCCCUUCACGAUCAUCUCCAUAAGAAGAGGAAUGUUCACAAUAUUCUUUCUUGGAAAAAGAGACUAGAGAUCUGCAUAGGGGCUGCUAGGGGAUUACAGUAUCUUCACUCAGGAGACAUGGGGAAGAAAAUCAUCCACAGGGAUAUAAAGCCAGCUAACAUCUUGUUGGAUGAAAAUUUGGUUGCAAAAAUUUCAGAUUUCGGGGUGUGUAAUGUUCUUUCCAAUGAAAGAACCAGAUGCUCUACAAAACGGUUACUCGGCACACGUGGAUACGUGGAUCCAGAGUACUUCACGAACGGCAUUCUAUCGGACAAAUCCGAUGUGUAUUCUUUUGGAGUUGUCCUGUUAGAGGUAUUAUGUGCUAGGAAUAUUUUUGAUUUCCCGGUGAUUAGGGGUGAAAGGGGAUAUGUGGUUACGUAUUUCAGAAAAUGUGUUCAACAAAAUAAAAUAGACAAGUUUGUUGACCCACAAAUCAAUAGCAGUAUUGAUCCAGAGUCUUUAAACCAAUUUCAGCAGAUAGCAUUCAAGUGUGUGGAUGAUAAGGGAAUAGGACGUCCUUCAAUGUCUGAGCUGGUGGCAGAACUGGAGAUGGUGCUGCAAGAGCAAGAGAAUGGUUUUUCUGAAAUUUAAUCUCUCAACAUUUCUUUCUAGUAACUACUAAAUCUAUAUAUAGUUUUAACUAAACUGUUAACUGUUCUAGUAUAUGAAUGUAUGUUGUUCUGAUUCAUCAUUUUGUUGCAAUAUCAAGAAAUUGAAUUAAGAUGAUG